UGUCACUGGUAGAUUCAGUGCACCAGUUUAUACCUGUAUCGACCGGCAAACGUUCUUUUCUCCGGCGUGAUCUCCGAUCGAGGAACUCUUGGUGGGGCCGAAAAGAUUUUUGGGAGUGUGGUCCCAUCCUACAUCUCAGGAGGCAGAACUGAAGGUCAAGCAGAAUCAAACAACAUGAAGCUAGCUGCAAAAUUAGAUGGUCUUAUGGCUGAAAAUCAAUAUCCAGUAACAUCUUUUGCUGAUGAUUAUGAUGGAAAAAGGGAAGGAGCUGGGAGUAAACAUGGCAGAUUGGGAGCCAUAAGUACACUGAAUGGCUUAACUAUAGUAGAUAAACACACUGAUGUUCAUGAAGAAGAAGGAUGGAUUACCAUUCCAUGCAAGGAGCUUCCUGAUGGUUGGACUGAAGAAUCAGACAUGCUACCAUUUAGAUCCUUGGACCGCCCCUUUGUUUUUCCAGGUGAACAAGUUCAUAUUCUAGCAUGCUUAUCUGCAUGCAAGCAGGAUGUAGAAACUAUCACUUCACUUAACCCUGCUGAAGUGACGAGUAAAAGUGGUGUUGGCCAAAACACAAAAAAACAUAACGUUCAAACUGAACAAGGACCUACACAAGUUUCUAAAGUGGAAUCAAGUGACCUUACGGAAGGCAAGAUGAACCACAAGAAUAAAGUUGCUGCUGAAUCAGCUCUCAGAAUGGAAGAAUACAGAAGAAAAACUGAAGCGUUGUUGAAAAGAUUUAGGAAUUCUCAUUUUUUUGCUCGAAUUGCUGAGGCAGAUGAAGCUCUUUGGUCGAGAAGGAAAACCCAGGAAACAUUUCCGGGAUCAACAUCAACAAUUGGAGGAAAAUUCCUCCCAGUGGAAUCCAGUAAUGAUGUUAAUAAGGAGCCCCCUCUGAAUGUUGACAGAGGAAGUCUUGAUGCUAGCACCUCAGGUGGAGUUGCAAAAAAUGAUGUCAAGUGUAGCUUACUUGCUAAUGGAGACAUAGUGGUGCUUUUACAGGAAAUAUCAUGUGAAUUUGUGAUGCAGGUGCUUUUACAGGUAACUAUUGGUGUAGACUUUUUGAGAGAUCCAGUCCUGGAAGUUCUACAGUUUGAAAAAUAUCAGGAGGCGGCAUUGACAUCUGGGUGCUCUGAGGACUUGGGCCACACAAAACAAGACCCUUAUGGAGAUCUCUUGAAAUGGUUGCUUCCUUUACGCAAUUCUGUAUCUACACCUCAUUUUUUUCCUCCUCCACAGAUGAGUUCCAGUCCAAAUGCUCGUAGCUCAUUGACAAAGCCCAACGCCCCAAGCUCAUUUGGUUCUCAGAACUUUUUAUUAGGUCAGUUUAGAAGUCAUUCAAUGACAUCACUUUCAUCAAAAAGUGUACCUUCUCCUACUCCUUUGACCUCUAGUUCUAGACCACACGUCGGCCUAGAAGAUUGGGAUCAAUAUUUAUCUGAUAAGUCUGGCAGUGAAAGAAGUGGUGAAGGGCUUUUAUCUUUCCGAGGUGUACCACUGGAGCCAGAAAGGUUUUCUGUCCGUUGUGGACUGGAAGGCAUUUACAUACCAGGUAGAAGGUGGAGGAGGAAAAUUGAAAUUAUACAACCCUUAGAGAUUAAUUGCUCUGUUGUCGACUGCAAUACAGAAGAUCUUCUUUGCGUCCAAAUCAAGAAUGUUUCUCCAGCACAUGCUCCGGAUAUUGUUAUAUACUUGGAUGCCAUAACAGUUAUAUUUGAGGAGGCUCUUGAAGGUGGACCCCCUUUGUCUUUACCAACUGUGUGUAUUGAAGCUGGCAAUGACCAUGGCUUGCCAGAUCUAGCCCUCAGGAAAGAUGAGGAACACUCCUUCAUGCUCAAACCAGCAACGUCAUUUCGGAGUUCAAAUGCUCAAGGGGAGAAAAGUUCUAGACCAUCAUUGUGGGCUGGAAGUGCACGAUCAAGUCUGUACAGCUUCUCCAAUGUGGAUCGUUGUGCCUUCCCUGCUAAUAAAUAUUCAGUUCUUGUAUCAUGUCGAUGCAACUAUACUGGAUCUAGGUUGUUUUUCAAGCAGCCAACAAACUGGAGACCACAUAUUCAAAAGGACCUUUUGAUCUCCGUUGCAUCCCAAAUGUCAAAACAAAUUCUUGGACCACAUGAUAGAAUCACUCGCUUGCCUAUUCAGGUCUUAACUCUUCAGGCUUCAAAUUUAACAAAUGAAGAUCUAACAUUAACAUUGCUUGCUCCAUCUUCACUUACUUCUCCUUCUGUGGUGUCGUUAAGUUGUUCAUCUGCUUCCCCGUUAAGCCCAUCUGACGAGUCUGUUGCUAGAACGAGUGGCGAUAUGCAAGGUAUUUCCCUGCAGAGGCUCUGCGCAGCAUCUAAGGUACUAGAUCAGAAAUGGGGUGAUGAUGGUUGGUGGAGACCCGACUCUUUUAAUGAGCAAACAAUUUCCAUUUCUGAUGUAAUUCCGAGAAAUGGUAUGGGCCAUACACAUUUGUGGUUGAAGAGUAGAGUUCCUCUAGGGUGCGUUCCUUCUCGAUCCACAGUGACUAUCGAGCUCGAGCUACUUCCAUUAACCGAUGGCAUUAUUACUCUAGAUUCUUUACAGAUCAAUGUUGAAAAAGGUCUAUCCUAUAUCCCUGAGCAACCCCUCAAGAUAAAUGCAACUUCUAGCAUCAGCUCUGGAGCCAUCUAAGUUUCGACAAAGAUAACUGCUACUUUUGGAUCUUUGAAUUAAUCUCCAUCGCUAUAUGGUUCAUCCCACAGCCAUGGAUUACGGAGGUACCUUUUCUCCCUUUCUCGUGUGUGGUCGAUUUAAGUGUGCGAGUGAAAUCAAAGUUUUUAUUUAUGUUGGUUUUGUUUAUACUUAGGCUCUGGUUUAUAAGCCAUCAUCUGUGGUGUAAAAAUUAUUUUUGAUUUAUUCAUGUGACCCUGAACAGCUGAGAAUACAUCUAUCUAUGUUUUGU